ACGACAAAAAGUUCUAGGGUUUAUGAGUGUGUUGGAGACCACAAAGCACAUGCAGCUGGGUUUCGGAAGCUUGAAAACUCCACCAAUCGAAAUAGCGCUUUAAGCCGUUGUAUUUGUUGCUGGGUUUUGACUGAACUUAUCUGCUGAGUGAGAUGGGGGCCAAGGCAAAGAAAGCCAUGAAGAAGAAUUUGAAGAAGGCUUCUUCUCAGUUAGUGGCUUCUGCUCGUAAGACCGAAGCUGCUGAUUUUUUGCCACUAGAAGGUGGUCCUGGGCGCAAACUUCCCGAGCAAAAACCAAUUGAGGAUAAAGCUACAGUGCUGUACAUUGGUCGGGUGCCACAUGGGUUCUAUGAAAAGGAAAUGGAAGGUUUCUUUACACAAUUUGGUAAAGUCAAAAGAUUAAGAAUUGCACGGAAUAAAAAGACAGGAAAAUCAAAGCAUUUUGGCUUCAUCGAGUUCGAGUCUCCUGAGGUGGCAAAAAUAGUAGCUGACUGUAUGCAUAAUCAACUAUUAUUCGAGCAUCUUUUGCAAGUCCAUCUUAUUCCUCCAGAGCAUGUUCAUCCGAAAUUAUGGAGAGGUUUUAAUUACCGAUACAAGCCAGUUGACUCUGUUCAAAUUGAACGUAAGCGGCAAAACAAGGAAAGAACAUUAAAAGAGCACACGAAGUUGGUGGAAAAGAUCAUGAAGUGCGAUCUGAAAAGGAAAAAGAAAAUAGAGUCUGCUGGUAUUGAAUAUGAAUGCCCAGAAAUUGUGGGUAGCGUCCAGCCUGCUCCAAAGAAGAUAAAAUUUGAUGAUGAAUAGGACAAGGAGAAGUUCAAAAUUGGAGUUUCAUGAAGAUCGGAAGCGUUGAUGUUUAUGUCCUAUUGAAGAGGUUUUCACAGCACCUUCUUCAGCCUUGGAUCCUGGAUAAAUCCUUUGAAGCCCAUUUGUGUGACCUUUAUUGAUGUCAUCGUGUUUUGGCUGAUGACUAAUCUAGUAGUUUAAAACAGACUGGAUGUAGAAUGUGUUAAUUUUAAAGAAAUUUUCUUUCUGUUGAUUUACAGCCACAUCUUUUGUUUCUCAACAACACCUUCAGCAAUGUAAUAUCCCAAGAAACUGGUGGAUUGUUCAGGUUGCAAAGAUGAAAUUCCGUUGCUUUA